AAUAUAUAUUUUCGUGUGCAAAGUAAGGGCAAGUAAUUUAUUCAAAAUUGCCAAUCAAACGAUGAGCGCACGCUCGGUGUCGCCUAAGGUGCUGCUGGACAUUAGCUACAAGCCAACGUUGCCCAACAUAAUGGAGCUGCAGCAUAAUGUCAUCAAGCUCAUACAGGUGGAGCAGCACGCCUAUAUGCAGCUAAUGGAGCAGCCAACAGCCCACUACAUGCAGCAGCAACAGCAGCAGCAGCAACACCAACAGCAGCAGCAGCAGCAGCAACAACAGCAACAGCAAUAUGCGCCGCUGCCUUCGCUGGCGCCUAAUGCUGCGGAUUAUGCGGCCUAUGGCAUUACAGAGCUUGAGGAUACGGAUUAUAAUAUACCCAGCAACGAGGUGCUCAGCACCAGCAGCAAUCACAGCGCUCAAAGCAGCCUGGAGCUGAACAACAACCAACAUAACUUUGAGCAACAGCAGCAGCAACAGCAACAGCAGCAGACAGGGACACCAGCAGGCGUGGCAGCUACACCCCAGACUCCACAUGGCUACAUGCUCAAUGAGCAUGGCAAAAGGUCGCGCAGCAGCAGCGACUACGAUUGCCCAACGGAUGCGCUGUCCAUGCAACCGGAGCACAAGAAACUGCUGCAGCAACAGCAGCAGCAGCAGCAGCUCUAUGUGGACUAUUUGCCCACCACCGUGGAUGAGGUGGCCGCAGCGCAGACGCAGGCGCAAGCGCCCACACAGCAAAGUGCCUGCCUCUCGCCCCACUCUCACUCCCACUCGCAUUUCGACUUUGCCGCCGACGAGGAGCUGCAGGAUCACAAGGCGCACAUUUUCAAAUACGGCGGAUAUCCGCAGACAAUUGCCCAUCAGCAACAGCAACAACAGCAGCAACAACAGCAGCAGCAGCAACAGCAGCAGCUGCACUUUCAGAGCAGUUAUAGAACCGGUCAAAAUUAUGACGGCUAUGAACCAGCCAACAGUCUGAACGGCAGCGCCUACUCCAGCUCCGAUCGCGAAGACAUGGAAUAUGCGCGCCAAACGGCGCUCAGCUCGGUGGGCGGCUAUGCCAAGGAGGAUGAAAUGGAGGAUAUGUCGCCCACGUGCCUGGGCGACGAUAGCAGCCUGCUGGAUGCUGGCGAUGCAGCCGGCAAGGCGUUUCGCAAGCCGCGACGCCGCCUGAAACGCAAGCCGAGCAAAACGGAGGAAACGGACGAGUUCAGCAACCAGCGGGUCAUGGCCAAUGUGCGGGAGCGACAGCGCACCCAGAGCCUGAACGAUGCAUUCAAGGCCCUGCAACAGAUAAUACCCACUCUGCCGAGCGAUAAGCUGAGCAAAAUACAAACGCUCAAGCUGGCCACAAGAUAUAUUGAUUUCCUCUGCCGCAUGCUAAGCUCCAGCGAUAUAUCGCUGCUGAAAGCGCUGGAGGCGCAAUCGUCGCCAGUGUCGCCCGGCUAUGGGAAUGCCAGCACCCUGCUCAGUGCCGCCAAUGGGGCCGAGGCUGAUCUCAAGUGUCUGCGCAAGGCAAAUGGAGCGCCGAUUAUACCGCCCGAGAAGCUGAGCUAUUUAUUUGGUGUGUGGCGCAUGGAGGGCGAUGCGCAGCAUCAAAAGGCUUAGGCGAG